AUGGCCACCCAGGGCAUCCGAAUUGCUAUCGACAGGGGCGGAACGUUUACCGAUGUGUGGGCUCAAGUUCCCGGCCGCGAGGAGCACAUAGUCUUCAAGAUCCUCUCGGUAUGUCCCGAUGAGUACGAUGACGCGCCAACAGAGGGUAUUAGACAGGUUCUCGAGAUUGCCUCAGGAGCCUCAAUACCCAGGGGCUCAUUAUUAGACCUCGAGCCCAUUGAGUCAAUCCGCAUGGGAACAACAGUCGCAACCAAUGCUUUAUUGGAACGAAAGGGAGACCGGGUGGCCUUCCUCGUCACAAAGGGCUUCCGGGAUAUCCUGUUUAUUGGCAACCAAACCAGACCCAAUCUAUUUGAUCUUUCUGUUCAACGGUUAGAGCAGCUUUACGAAACAGUGGUUGAAGUUGAUGAGCGUAUCACUAUUGAGGGAGCUAGCGAGGCCCCUGAACCUGAAACUCCCAUCGACGUCUCGUCAGAUCCGGCGCUGGUCACGGGCCAAACUGGCGAGAUUGUGCGAAUUAUGAAGAAACCGGACCUUGGGGCUGUUCGGGCAGACCUUGAGAAACUCAAGGCCCAAGGCUUUCAGAACAUUGCCAUCGGUUUCAUGCACGCUUACACCUAUCCAGAGCACGAGCUCCAGGUGCAGAAACUUGCCGAAGAGAUGGGUUUCAAGGUCUCUGCUUCUUCUAUUCUUCAAUCCAUGGCCAAGUUCGUCCCUCGAAGUCAAUCGGCCGUUGCAGACGCUUACCUUACUCCUAUGACCUUUGCCUACCUUGAUGGUUUCCGCAAGAACUUCAAGGGCCAGUUGGAAGAUGAGAGUGCCAACAAACUUCUUAUCUGCCAAUCAGAUGGUGGCUUGACAAGCUGGGCUAAGUUUACUGGCUUACGUGGUGUUUUGAGUGGCCCUGCUGGAGGUGUCGUUGGCCUUUCGAGAACAUGUUACGAUGAUGCUGAUGGCACUCCCGUCCUAGGCUUUGACAUGGGCGGAACCAGCACGGACGUCUGUCGGUUUUCCGGCUCUCUUGAACAUAUUUUCGAGAGCACCAUUGCAGAAGUCUCACUCCAAACGCCAAUGUUAGACAUCAAUACCGUUGCUGCCGGUGGUGGUUCUAUUCUAGCAUGGGAGAGUGGCCUCCUUAAAGUUGGCCCUAGCAGUGCUGGUGCCAAUCCUGGACCUGCCUGCUAUGGCCGUGGAGGCCCUCUAACUGUCACUGACGCCAACUUCCUCCUCGGUCGAAUCAUCCCUGAGACCUUCCCUCGCAAGUUGGAUUUCGAUACUGUCAAGGAGAAGUUCAGCGCCCUUGCGGACAAGGUCAACAGUGAAAAGGACGGCGGUGAACCGUUCACUCCAGAAACUCUGGCUCUUGGCUUCCUGGCUAUUGCGAACGCCACCAUGACUCGACCUAUCAGAACCCUCAGCGAAGGGCGCGGCUACGGCGCAGCUAGCCAUAAUUUGGGUUGCUUUGGAGGUGCAGGGGGCCAGCAUGCUGUGUUUGUUGCUCGCGAUCUGGGUAUCAAGCGGGCUAUCAUUCCCUCGUACUCGAGUAUCCUUUCUGCCUACGGAAUGGCUCUGGCGGAUGUGGUUGUUGAGAACCAAGAGCCGGCUGCCAUCACCUUCUCUGAAGCAGCCGUGUCCGAGAUCAAGGCCCGCCUUGCAUCGCUGUCAGAUCGAGGAGCCAAAGGUCUUGAAACUCAGGGCUUUGAUGCUUCAUUGACAGAGCACGAAUGCUUCUUGAACAUGAGGUAUCAGGGAAGUGAUACCUCUUUGAUGAUCGCACUGUCUGAGGAUGUGGCAGACGCCGGUAAUGCAUUUACUGCCCGGCAUACACAGGAGUUUGGCUUCUCGCAAUCUCGCAACAUCUUGGUCGAUGACGUCCGUGUCCGAAGCGUGGGCAAGUCUCGAGUGCUGAACAUUUCCAGCCCAUUCGAGGAGCUCAAGAAGUACAACUCUAACGAUCUGACACCAUGCCCGACUCCUGCUUUCUCGCGCCAGAUCUUCUUUGAGAAGUAUGGUUGGACGGAGACUCCCGUGUACGAGCUCAAGUCAUUGAGCGCUGGAGUGCACAUCACCGGCCCCGCUAUGAUCAUCGACAAGACUCAAACCAUUGUCGUCGACCACCUGAGCAAGGCUAUCAUUCUUCCUGAACACGUCGUUCUCGAAGUUGACCGGGCAGAUCAGCAAAUUGUUGACACCCAGACUGUCGACCCCGUGCAGCUUAGUGUCUUUGGCCACCGCUUCAUGACAGUGGCGGAGCAGAUGGGACACACGAUGGAGAAGACAUCGAUUUCAGUCAACAUCAAAGAACGUUUGGACUAUUCUUGCGCCAUCUUCUCCGCCGAUGGAGGCCUCGUGGCAAACGCUCCGCAUAUCCCCAGCCAUCUUGGGUCCAUGAGCUCUGCGAUUGCGUAUCAGGCGCAAAAGCACAAGGGUGAUUUGAAGCCAGGCGAUGUCAUUAUCAGCAAUCACCCCCGGGCUGGCGGCACCCAUCUGCCUGACAUCACCACUAUCACACCCGUGUUCGACGAGGAGGACAAGGAAGUCAUCUUCUUCGUCGCGAACCGUGGUCACCACGCAGAUAUUGGUGGUAUUGUGCCAGGCUCCAUGCCCCCCAACAGUACCGAACUAUGGCAGGAAGGUGCCGCUAUUGAAUCAUUCAAGAUGAUCAAGGAGGGUGUCUUUGAUGAAGCUGGUCUUAUCAAGCGUCUCUACGACGAGCCAGCGUCAUUCCCCGGCUGUAGUGGUACCCGGACAUUGGUUGAGAACAUUGCUGACCUGAAGGCUGCUGUUGCUUCGAAUCAGAAGGGUAUCGAGCUGAUCAAGGCCAUGGUCAAGGAGUUUACCUGGCCAACAGUCGAGCGCUAUAUGUACGCGAUUCAGGAGAACUCUGCUCAAGCAGUGCGCGAUCUCCUAAAACAGUUUGCUGCCAAAUACGAAGGUGGUGUUCUCAAAGCCACAGAGUACAACGACGACGGCAUCCCGUUCAAGCUCAAGGUAACCAUCGACAAGGAUACCGGUGACGCCGUCUUCGACUUCACCGGUACUGGUCCAGAGCACUCCGGCAACCUUAACGCCCCUCCCACCUGCUCAUACAGUGUCAUCAUGUACUGCCUCCGCUGCAUGAUUGCAACCGACAUUCCCCUCAACCAAGGCUGCCUCAAGCCCAUCAAAGUUGUCUGCCCCGACAACACCAUCCUAACCCCCUCCCCCACCGCCGCAACCGUCGGCUGCACAACCGAGACCUCGCAAAAGGUAACCGACCUCGUGCUGCGCGCCUUCAACGCCGCCGCCGCUUCCCAGGGCACAAUGAACAACCUCUCCUUCGGCUGCGGCGGCACAGAUCCCGUCACGGGUGAAGUUAAAAAGGGCUUCGGGUACUACGAGACCAUCUGCGGUGGUGUAGGCGCCGGAUUAGGCUGGCACGGCGCUUCCGCAACACAUUCACACAUGACCAACACCCGCAUCACGGAUCCGGAGAUAUUCGAGAAGCGGUACCCCGUCAUCUUGCAUGAAUUCUCGAUCCGGCAUGGAAGCGGUGGCGCGGGUCGAUGGCGCGGUGGAGACGGGUCUAUCCGUGAGAUUGAGUUCACGAUGCCCCUGCAGGUUUCGGUGCUUACGGAUCGACGCGUUACGGCGCCGUAUGGUCUUGAGGGUGGCAGUGAGGGAGCACGUGGUCAGAACAUCUGGGUGCGCAAGGACCCCGUUACUGGGGCCUCGCGGAUGGUCUCUUUAGGGCCCAGGAAGACAUCUAUGUUCGGUGCUGGAGACCGGAUCAUUAUCCAUACUCCAGGUGGUGGUGGUUAUGGUACCCCGGUUACAGAUGGAAGCGAGGUAAAUGACGUUGCAGUGAAGACACAAGACACGAGAUCAUUCUUGACGAAUGGGUCGUUAGGUGUGAGGCAUAGCAUUGCGACUGGAAAUUAG